AUGUGUAUUGUCGAUGACACUCCACAGCAAGGCAGGUGUCGUCUAUCAUUCUACAAACACUUUGGUGAUGAGUGUAGAAACACUUAUGACUGCGUACUCGGUUUGGUCUGCUCUUUGAAUGGAGAUGGCGGUACAGGAUGGAGAUGUGGCGCUCCACACACUGGAUGUAUAGUCGACUUCCAAUGUCCAGAACGUCAGAUCUGUUUGUCCAAUGGUACUUGUGUGCCGGCCAACCUCAAACCUGGCGAAUGCAUCCUCUUCUCCAAGCUGGACAUGUGCAACCUCUCGACUAUCUGCUCUCCCGUUUCCACCGACCUUGGGCACAGGUUUGGUGUCUGUAAAGGUUGGUCCGAGGUUGGCGACCUAUGUAUCGUUGGCGGCUACACCUGUAAUCUCUACAAGGCACUCUACUGCCGUCCAUUAAAGUUUGGAAGUAGGAUAGGUAGAUGUAACAGGGCAGAGGCACCAACACUGCGUCCUUGUUACCAGAACACUGAUUGCGAGUCGCCAGAGUUCUGCAAGUGUGAUACACAGGCAUCGAUAGGGUACUGUACUCAUUCGUAUAGGUUGCCCGCGGGAUGUACUGCCAUCGUCUGGCAAUACGCACGUUGUGCCCAGAGCCACAAUUGCUCCGGUUUGAAAUACGACGUUGGACCAAUGUCUUGUAUUAACAAACAUUGUACGUUGGAGUUGAACUGUUUCCGACGAUUCUGUUUGGAGCCACUCAUAGUCAUUGCCGACUGCAGCAAAUCACGAGAGGAGCGAUGUGACAACGAAGUCAUAUUCGAAGCGGUACAAAGUGGUAAAUUCAAAGAGGUAGUUGAUCCCAGACUGACAGUGAUCACAUCAUCAUCAAUCAAGUACUUUAUGGACAAUCCAAUUGAAUGGAUGAAUGGUCCAAGUAGUGUCGACACUACUAUUCCUGGAAUUGGACAUUCAUUCGAAUCAACACAACAUCUCACAACAAGCUGA